CUUAAAUGAAACUUCAACUGCUUUGUACAUUUAUUUUUUUAAUCUUGUUAAAAUUUCAAGCCGUUAAUGCAGACUCCAAUAAAACUGAAGAGAAAUCAUGUGUAAAAAGUGAUAACAAUUCGAACGAUGAAGAUGAUCUGUGGCAUUGCAUUCGGAUUUGUUGCCCCCGGAAGAAUACGAUGGCCGAUGGCGGAUGUAGUUUUAAGAAGCAUCUCUUCCUUUCAAAACUUGAUUUAAGCAUAAGACUCGAUGACAAUUCGACAGAGGCCCUGUAUUUCAACAAUCAAACACUGCUAAUAACAUCGUUUUGGGAUAUUGAUGAAAUGAUCGGCCUGAGAAGAGAUGAGUACACGUUGUACAAGAACGGAACCAUGUACCUUCACUUCGACCAGAGUUCAAAGACCAAAGAAGAAUAUUGCUUUUACCCCCAUCAGAUUUACUCGGACUUCCCAGAAACGAUUUGGAUUAUUUUACACAAGUUUUCGUCGAUAGAUAUACCAGGAGCUUACGGGCGUAAGGCUAUGUCUAUAAAGAAAUCCUUCAGUAAAACCUUUAACUCAGAGUAUUCUUUAGUAACAUCAGUUUCGCUAAUAUGCUAUAUCUUCACAAUCGGCAUUUAUCUUUUUGUGAAAGAACUACGAAAUGACUUUGGAAAGUGCCUUAUAAGUUGCAUAUUCUGCCUAUUUCUUACCGAUCUAAUCUCGCUUAUGGAUAAACUUAGAUUGUUGGAUGACUUUUGCUCACUGGCAGGUUAUAUCAUGCACUUCUUUGAUUUUGCCAAUUCUGUUUGGUUCUCCAUAAUCAGCUAUUGCAUAUGGAAGAAAGUCACAUCUGUCGAUAGCCAAGAAAAUCGCUAUGAGUUCGUCUCUUACAGUAUUUUUGCCUACGGCAUAUCUGCUAUACCACUCGGAAUCAUCUUUACGAUGAAUCAACUUUGGGAAGAGGAUCUCAAGAAAUGGAACUGGUUGCCCUCAGUUGGUUUUAGUAGAUGCACGGUGGAGGUUGGGAAGCGGUCUGCCUGGUUAUAUUAUUUUGGGCCCGAUGCGAUCAUGAACGCCUUUAAUAUAAUUAUGUUCGUUCUGACUAUCAGACACAUUAUAAAAACAAAAAGAAACAUCCGCAACUUAACAGAACGACCAGAUAAGAACGCGACUUGUGUUACUUUAAAUUUUCAGUGGAACCUAUUGUUUCUGCGGAUUUCCGCUAUUAUGGGCGUAUCUUGGGUACUGACCUUUGUUUCGAUGAUAGAAGUGAAUACCACUUCUUGGGACAUUUUCUGUAUAAUAAUCUUUCAAAUCCAUUAUGGUUUUGGUAUCAUUUUAUGUGUCCUGCUUAUUUGUAAGCGAAGCACCCGUCAACUACUCAUUACUAAAAUUCGUGGUAAGAACUUACACCAACAGACCGUUGUUUGAUGUUCGAUCAAUAAGGAAGUGCUGCAAAUCCCACAACAUACAUACAUAUAUUUAAAUAUAAA